AUGGGAGCGCCGGUGACCUUGGUGGUGAUCGUCGGCCUGGCGACGUGCCUUCAUCUUGGGGUCGCCGAAGAGCCAGAGCAAUGUGACACGAGCGGCAUCUCUGCACGAAUCGCUGCUGGAGAUCCAGCUGAACGUGGUCGCUGGCCGUGGAUGGUCUCCCUCAGGCACCCUCUGUUUACACAACACAUUUGUGGCGGAACGCUAGUGGCUGCAGAUUGGGUCUUGACUGCAGCUCACUGCGUUGACCCUGUUCGUGGCGGGACGACGGCAGUGACAAAUCCAAAGGCAUGGAUUAAUGGACUGGUGCUUAAAGAGGUCACAGACUUUGAGGAGGAGAUCGAGGUCGUUGAGACCAUCCCACACCCCAUGUUCCAAAAUUUGGACCAUGACCCAUUCGAUGUUGCACUGCUGAGGCUCAAGACGCCCUCAAAGGUCUCCCCCAUCGUGCUUGCUCCUGGGGACUCGCCGAUUGUGGAGGGCGACUGCCUGGCGGUCAUGGGCUGGGGCAGGGUCUCGCCUCGGGGCCCUUUCGCCAGCCAGCUUCAGGAAGCCCUCUUGGACUAUGUCGAUCAGGAGGUGUGCGACGUGGAAACCGAUCCAUCCACGGGCAUGGAUUGUGCGGGAAGGGGUAUCUCCGCAACGUGCUCUGGCGAUGGUGGGGACCCACUUGUGAGAGUGCUCGGCCCGGGAAGAGACCACCAGCUUGGUGUCUCCCAGAAGGUCAAUGGGGAUUGUGGUGGGCUUGACAAGCCCAGCUUUUUCGCAAGCCUGCACAACCCAGAAGUCAGAAAUUUCAUCUUUGAGACUAUGGAAAAUUCGUGA